AUGUCACAAUUGUAUUGGUUAUCGACAUCGGCUGGGUCCCCAGAGGAAGAUCGUUCAUCCAAAUCCGAAGCACCCCCCUUCCGGCACAUAUUCAACGAGUUCGACCGUUUCAACGAAAUCCAAUCCCUGGUAAUGGACGACCUGCUGUACACGGACAAAUCGCUGGUAGUCAGUGCUCCGACCGGGUCGGGCAAGACGGCCAUUUUCGAGCUGGCCAUGAUACGGCUUCUAAUGAAGCUCGAGGAUGCGAACCACAGUGGAGACUUCAAAAUGGUAUACAUUGCCCCGAUCAAAGCGCUGUGCUCGGAAAAGUUCCACCACUGGCAGCAGCGAUUCGAUCGACUGGGCGUGCGAAGUGCCGAAGUUACCGGCGAUACGGAGUUUCGCGAUUUCUGGGAUCUACCGGAUUGCAAUCUGAUACUGACGACGCCGGAGAAGUGGAACUCGAUCACGCGACGGUGGCGACAAAAUGUGAAUUUCGUUCGACUGAUCAAACUGCUGAUGAUCGACGAGGUGCACAUUCUGAGCGAUCAAUACCGAGGACCUACGCUGGAAGCGGUGGUUUCGCGGAUGCGUAGCAUUCACCGCUUCAUCGGGGCAGACGAUGAACGGGUGGCGGUAGAGCCAAUGAGAAUCAUCGCACUCUCGGCCACGAUUCCCAACGUGGCUGAUUUGGCGGCCUGGGUUGGUGAAGGAAGUACCAAAUGUUUCUACAACAUUGCCGAAUCCCGUCGACCGAUCAAAAUCGAAAAACAUGUUCUGGGUUUUAAUUGUGAUCCGAACACGGGUUCAUACAGAUUUGAUUUAAACUUGAACUACAGACUUUUUGACAUCAUUCGGAAGCAUUCGAGCGGCCGACCGACGCUUGUGUUCUGCAGUACUCGAAAAGCAGUGGAGAUCGCUUCCAACCAUUUGAUGCAGCACCACACGCUGAAUCUUCCGUUGGAACAACGAAACAUUCUUGUUCGGAUAGCUCCUCAGAUUCACAAUGAAGAACUGAAACGGCGGUUGACCGCCGGAUUUGCCUAUCACCAUGCGGGACUAACCCUGGCCGAUCGUAGUGUGCUGGAAGCCGAGUUCCGAGCCGGCCACAUACCGGUCCUGUGCUGUACCAGUGCGUUGGCCAUGGGUGUCAACUUGCCAGCUCAUCUGGUGAUCAUCAAAUCGACAGAGAUGUACACCGACUACGGUAUGGAAGAGUACCCGGAGAGUAGCAUCUUCCAGAUGAUUGGCCGGGCCGGUAGACCACAAUUUGACACCUUCGGUGUGGCAGUCAUUAUGACCCAACGGGCGAAACAAAAAUACGAACGUCUCGCCGCAGGAUCCAUCCCGAUCGAGUCGUACCUGCACCAGCAUUUGGCCGAGCACUUGAACUCGGAGAUCGUACUGCAAACCAUCACCGACCUGCGCAGUGCCAUGGACUGGAUCCGGUCAACCUUUCUCUACGUUCGAGCCCUCGCAGCUCCCACCCGUUACGGACUUUCGAUAGGCGACGAUCAAAACCGAUCGCAGAUCGAGCAAAAACUAGAAGAACUUUGCCGCACCGAACUGAACGCUUUGGAGGCUUAUUCCCUUACGGUGAUCGCUAAAGAUCAAGGUGCUAAUCCGGCUGAUGUGAUGACGAUUAGUUCCACUGUCUACGGACGUUUAAUGGCACAGUACUGUCUCAGUUUUCGGACCGUUAAACUGCUUAGAAAGAUCAAAGGCACUGAACCCCUGCUGGAGAUAUUCACCAUACUAACGCACUGCGACGAGUUUGCCGCCUUCAAGUGUCGCAACAGUGACAAACGCACGCUGAACGAGCUGAACCGUUCGACGGCAAAUGCGACGAUCCGGUUUCAGCUGCGCGGUCGCAUCCAGACGACAACGGCCAUGGUGUCCUGUUUGCUCCAAGCAGUGCUUGGAAAUUUAACGAUCGGACAGCACUCCCUACAGCAGGAAGCAUCCCGCAUGAUUGCGCUCGGUCGACGACUGGUCAAGUGUAUCGCCGAAUUCAUCUACGUCGGUCGAGAGACGACGACGUACGCCGACGAAGGCGGAGUCUAUUUUGCUCUUCUGAAUACGCUGGUGUUGGCUCAGUGUUUGGAGACAAAACUGUGGGAGGAUAGUCCGUUCGUUACGAAGCAGCUCCGGGGCAUUGGACCCGUCUAUGCCAGCCAGCUGGCUGCCCGAGGAAAGACUAGCUUUCAGGAGAUUCUUAACACCGAUCCGAGGGAGCUGGAAGUGAUUCUCAAAAAGAAUCCACCUUUUGGUAACGAAAUGAUUGACUUCGUUCGGAAACUACCAAAGUUUUCGGUCGAGCUUACCUUGAAGGAAGAUUACAUGAUGGAGUUCACGGUCGUUCAAACCAAUUCAAAUUAUGAUAAGCAACUAGCAAUUCGAGUGGCUUUAUUAGUCGGAGAUUCUGCCAACAGUGUGUUAUUAUUCAAAGACAAUUGUGAAGCUAGUUUCGGAGGUAGUAACUGCUAUACGACAUCGUUUAAAAUCUCCGAUGCCACUGUAGCCAGCGCUACUGGGCAUGUAAUUUGCGCCAACUGGACCGGCCUGGAUGGCUCCAAAACUUUAACCAUUAACGACGAAGCGAAUGUAGUUCAGCAGAAGCGACGAUCUCACAAAACAAACAAUGCUAACGGAUCGAUGUUAAUAACCGAGUUCUACCAAAAGGAAACCCAUCAACACGAAAUGGCGACCGUUACCAUCAGCGACGCAGUCGCUGCAGAACCUUGGACCCCCGAACGACCCAAUAGUUUUAUUCCAACUAUACAAUUGGAUAGUAGUCCAAAGAAGCGUUUAUUAGAACCAUUCCGAUUCACUCGGAAGCAGAAGCUAAGCCUAAAUGCUGAGACCUCAAAACCCAGCACCGAUUCAAUUAUCGAGCUCGUUGAAUCGCCAGAAACUCCGGUCGAAAAGCGGCCAAAAGUUGAUUUCCUAAGACACGAUUCAAUUUUUCGAUCAACGCCGGAACCACCGUGCUACGUUCCUGCCGUCGCCGUACCCAAAUACCGAGGUACCAACCAGCGGCAGGAAUACUUCAUCAAUAUGCAUCGCAACAAUCCAUAUCUACUGUUCGGACAUCCCAAUGACGAGCAAAGGCGAGCUUCGACUGUGGCGAAUGCAGACGACGUUCGACGUGUUUGUAUCUUCGGUAUUUUUACCGAUAUUCCUCGGGUGGUGAAUCCAAGGAAAGUCAGUCCGCUGGAAGUGCAACAAGUGAUGCGCCCACGGAUGGAUAGCUUCGUUGAGAGAAGGACCAACCCAGCUGGGCGGAGGAGUUAUCCCGUGCUUCAGAGGUCGUCCUGUCGUCGGCAGCUGGAUUUGGGAAUUGCCGAUUUUCUAGCUUCGCCACCCAGAAGGCAAAAACAGGAUUUCUUCAAGUGA